CUAAACUCACUUGGUCUCCGCACAAACUUCCAGCGAGAGCGUCCGGCAUGAGCGGAGACAAACACCAUGGAUGUGCCACAUGAGGCGGACCGGAGCAACUGAACCGCCACCGCUCAAAGUUUGACCGUAGAAACCACCGUGACACUCGCUGAACAAACACGCAACUUUAAGUGCGUUUUUUUUUUCUUCCUGCUUUUCUGACACUUUUUACUUUGUCGCCUGCCCCUUGGAUUGCUUGGAUUCCGCGGUGUGUCUUUUUAUGUUCAGCCGGGGAGACGUGUAGUUUUUUUUCGGGGUGGUCCGCUAUAAGGAAGGUGACAUGCAGGUUCUCGGUUGGACCAUAGUUCUCCUCUGCCAGUGGAUCCUACGGAAGGUCCAAGGGUUGGAGAAGCAGGUGGACUUCUCAGACCUUGGCCCAGUGGGGUCGGUGAUGAAGACUCUUCCAUAUGGCAUGGGGCAUGGAGGUACAGUUGGAGGAACGACAGGAGGAGUAGUUAAGCCUCCGUACCAAACCCGUAUCUUCUCCACCUCCAUCGACCAGACACCCAUGAAAUCCAAGCCACCCACUUACAGUUUCUUUAACCCGUACGACUCGAGCCGGAACCAGUCCCUGCUUCUGGACCAGACAGGCUACCGCUCUAAGCGCAAGCCCUCACUAAAGACAGCCAUGAAGACCAAGAAGAUCUUCGGCUGGGGAGACUUCUACUUCAACGUUAAGACCAUGAAGUUCAGCUUGUUGGUGACGGGGAAGAUCGUGGACCACAUCAAUGGUACGUUCACUGUUUACUUCCGCCACAACUCGUCCAGCCUGGGGAAUGUUUCGGUCAGUAUCGUGCCACCGACCAAAGUGGUGGAGUUUGAGGUCCUCCAGCAGCAGCAACUGCACCCCCACACCCAGCAGGACGUCCAGAUCCAGGAGACCCAGCAGUCCACCAUCGACCCCAAAGAGUCAAAGACAUUUAACUGUCGAGUGGAGUAUGAGAAAACCAACAGAUCCAAGAAGCCCAAACCCUGCCUGUACGAUCCGUCUCAGACCUGCUUCACGGAGCACACCCAGUCCCACGCUGCCUGGCUCUGUGCCAAACCCUUCAAGGUGAUCUGCAUUUUCAUCUCUUUCUUUAGCAUCGAUUACAAGCUGGUUCAAAAAGUGUGUCCGGACUACAACUUCCAAAGUGAGCACCCUUACUUUGGGUAAAUAAGUGAGACUGAACCGAGAAGAGAAUAAAGAGACAAUGUUAAUGACAAUGAUGAUGAUAAUAAUGAUAUUGAUGGAAGUCAUAGUCAUAUUGAUUACGGUGAAGAUGCAGGGGACAGUUUUUUUUGCCUCUAAACUGCUGUGAAUUGUGGAUUUAAAUCAAGUAUAAUCAGAGUUAUGGAUGGUUAGGAUAUGGCUGAUUUCUCUGACUUAUUUUCCAACUUUGUAUUUGUUUUGUUUGUUUUUUUCUGUAAAUAAUGUACUCAACCUCAGCACACUUAUUGUUUUUAGAUAUUUGUUUCUCAGUGUUAUUACUUUUUGCAGUUGGAGAAUUCGGUUGAAGACAGCUGGAAUCAGUAUUAUGCCCUCUGAGUACAAAGUGAACCUCUGAGGCAGCUGUGCUGUGCCAUCAAUGUAUGGCAUAUGUAAUGUUAUGGUAGACUGACUGUUAAUCAUCCUCUCAGCUCUACGUUUCAAACCCUGGAUAUAAGAGAGUUAUAUGU